AUGACGCCUCCAGACCCCUCACAGCAACAACCAGAUUCAACAAUUCAACCCAACAUGAUGCUAACCGCCAAAACUCCCGCGUCGGCUCCCUUCCCGCAGCUUCUCUCCGCGCUAUUCACUUCCCUCUCGCGACCGUCGCGACCAUGGCGUCUGACGCGCACUCUCCGCAGCGAUAACCCAGCUGAGAUCAAUGGGGAAUUAACAGGGACUGCGACGUUUAGUUUCCUUAAAAACGGCUCCGAUUCUGCGAGAGACAUGCUUUACAGAGAAGAAGGUGGGAUGCCAAGUACGCUUAUUCGCGGGAUGGCAGGAUUGCGAUGGACGAAGAAAUAUAUUUGGCGAUUGCGCGAAGAUGGGGCUGGGAUUAGUGUUUGGUUUGUGAAAGUAGGCGGGGUGGGAUCGCAGACUCGGACUGGGACUCAGAAUCAGGAGUCCGACGACGAGGCUGAUUAUCUGUUUCAUGAAUUCGAGUUCUUGGACUCUUCUUCGGGGACAUCUGAAAUGUGUGUGCCGGCUUCGGAGAAGCAGGAUCAAGAUAAAGACUUCUCGUCACGAUCGAUACUUGUCACCCCGCCUAUACCACCUCCUCCAAAUCCAGGAUCAGGCUCAACGACGACAACAGUCCUGACAGCUCGCGGAAACCAUCUUUGCGUUAAUGAUAUGUAUCGUACAGCGUAUUCGUUUCGCAUUCGACCUGAGACGGGCGAGGUGCUCAGCUGGGCGAGCCGACAUGUUGUGAAGGGGCCAAAGAAGGAUCAGGAUAUCGUGAAUUUGUAUACUUUGGAGGAAUGA